AUGGCGGAGGUACCCCCGACCGACACGGUGGUGCUGACCACCCUCAGCAGCCCGCUGAAGGCGCCCCCUGCUGGCCACGGGGAGGAGUACUCCAAGUGUUUCUACAGCGACGCUGACAACGGCAGCUACCACAGCAGCGACGUGCACAGCCUGGCUUCCCGAGGAUCCGAGGCCUUCUCGGGCUACGACACCCUGGAUGCCGCACCGAACUACGACUUCUACGCCAACACUGCUGUCUUCGGCCGGACCCGCAAGUCCAGACCGUCACUGUUCCAGCUGCACUCCAUACUGGAGGAGGAUGCUAUACCCCCGCCACUGUACGAGGAGGCCAACGGGCAAUCCAACGGGGGCGUUGGGGGGAAGGACAGCUCAGAGGACGAGGCAGACGCCGAGCCACCAGCAGAACCAGCAAGGUUCGGAUGGGUUCAGGGCGUGAUGAUCCGCUGCAUGCUGAACAUCUGGGGGGUGAUUCUGUACCUGCGGUUGCCCUGGAUCACUGCACAGGCAGGUAUAGGUUGCACCUGGAUCAUUAUCCUGCUCUCUUCCUGUAUCACUGGCAUCACAGGUCUCUCCACCUCUGCCAUCGCCACCAACGGCAAAGUCAAAGGAGGCGGUACCUACUUCCUGAUCUCACGCAGCCUGGGGCCCGAGCUGGGCGGCUCCAUCGGACUCAUCUUUGCCUUCGCCAACGCGGUGGCGGUUGCCAUGCACACCGUGGGUUUCGCAGAGACCGUGCAGUCCCUCAUGCAGGAGAAUGGCUCCAGCAUGGUGGACCCCAUUAAUGACAUCCGCAUUAUCGGGGUGAUCACCGUCACCUGUCUGCUGGCAAUAUCUCUGGCAGGGAUGGAAUGGGAGUCCAAGGCCCAGGUACUCUUCUUCCUGGUCAUCAUGAUAUCUUUCGCCAACUACAUUGUGGGGACCAUCAUACCAGCAACGCCCCAGAAGCAGGCCAGGGGCUUCUUCAGCUACAGAGCCGAUAUUUUUGCUGCCAACUUCGUGCCCAGCUGGCGUGGGCCGGACGGCAGCUUCUUUGGCAUGUUCUCCAUCUUCUUCCCCUCGGCGACGGGCAUCCUGGCAGGUGCCAACAUCUCCGGGGACCUGAAGGACCCGGCCGUAGCCAUCCCUCGCGGAACCAUGCUGUCCAUCUUCUGGACCACGAUGUCCUACCUCAUCAUCUCCGUCACGAUCGGUUCCUGUGUGGUGCGUGAUGCGUCAGGUGUUCUUAACGACACCAUGCCCGCUCCAACCACAGAGGACUGCGUGGGUCUGGCCUGCCGGUACGGCUGGAACUUCAGCGAGUGCAUCACCAACAAGACCUGCGCCUUCGGCAUCAGCAACUACUACCAGAGUAUGAGCAUGGUGUCUGGGUUCGCUCCCCUCAUCACUGCCGGCAUUUUUGGGGCGACCCUCUCCUCUGCCCUGGCCUGCCUCGUAUCUGCACCCAAAGUCUUCCAGUGUCUCUGCAAAGACAGGCUGUACCCUGUCAUUGGCUUCUUUGGGAAGGGUUACGGCAAGAAUGAUGAGCCAAUCAGGGGCUACGUCCUCACCUACAUCAUCGCCAUUUGCUUCAUCCUCAUUGCUGAACUCAACACCAUCGCUCCAAUCAUCUCCAACUUCUUCCUCUGUUCCUACGCCCUCAUCAACUUCAGCUGCUUCCACGCCUCCAUCACCAACUCGCCAGGGUGGCGCCCAUCCUUCCGGUUCUACAGUAAGUGGCUGUCUCUGCUGGGCUCCAUCGUGUCAGUGGUCAUCAUGUUCCUGCUGACCUGGUGGGCUGCGCUCAUCGCCAUCGGAAUCGUCCUCUUCCUUCUGGGAUACGUGCUGUACAAGAGACCCUCUGUGAACUGGGGCUCUUCGGUGCAGGCCAGCUCCUACAACAUGGCUCUGUCCUACUCCGUGGGCAUGAACCUGGUGGACGACCACAUCAAAAACUACAGGCCGCAGUGUCUGGUCCUCACUGGUCCCCCUGGUUUCCGCCCCGCCCUGGUGGAUUUUGUCAGCACCUUCACCAAGAACCUGAGCCUCAUGAUGUGUGGGAACGUGGUCACUGGAAGCCCCUCCCCUGCAGCCGUAGAGGCAGCAGGAAGCAGCAGUCACGUGACCUGGCUGAACAAGCGGCGAAUCAAGUCCUUCUACCGAGGGGUGGUGGCUAAUGACCUGCGCAGUGGGGUGCAGAUGCUGCUCCAGGCAGCAGGUUUGGGUCAGAUGCGGCCCAAUGUCCUGGUGAUGGGCUAUAAAAAGAACUGGCGCAAGGACCGACCACGCAACACGGAGAGCUACGUGGGCAUUCUGCAUGAUGCGUUUGACCUGCAGUACGGGGUGUGUGUGCUUCGGAUGAAGGAUGGCCUGGACGUUUCCCGCAGCCUGCAGGCUCACGUCAACCCCGGCUUUGAGAUUGGCACUGAGCCCCACCUCGACAAUGGGCCCCCCCCUGCACCCCCCGGCAACACCACACUGGACCCUGAUGCCCUGGUGGCCGUGCCCCAGCCCCGCACAGAGUUCCAGUCCAAGCAGGGGAAGAAGACCAUAGACGUCUACUGGCUGUCUGAUGAUGGAGGUCUGACGCUGAUGCUGCCGUACCUGCUGAGCCGUAAGAAGAGAUGGGGGCGGUGCAAGGUGCGAGUCUUUGUGGGCGGAGACAUCCAGCACGUGGAGGAACAGAAGAAGGAGAUCAUGGCUCUCAUCACCAAGUUCCGCCUGGGUUUCCAUGACGUUGUCGUGCUGUCAGACAUCAACGAGAGGCCACAGCCUGAACAUGUGAAGAGGUUUGAGGACCUGCUUGGGCCAUACAGGCUGAACGACGGUCACAAGGACGUGGGAACCGUUGAGCAGAUGAGGGAGGGCUGUCCCUGGAAGAUCUCAGACGAGGAGCUGGAGAGAAACAAGGCCAAGUCCCUGAGACAGGUUCGUCUGAAUGAGAUUCUACAUGAUUACUCCAGAGACGCUGCCUUGAUCAUCCUGACCAUGCCUGUGGGGCGAAGGGGCCUCUGUCCCAGCGCUCUCUACAUGGCCUGGUUGGAGACAUUGUCACGUGACCUGCGACCUCCAGUUCUCCUCGUCAGGGGGAACCAGGAGAACGUGCUCACCUUCUACUGCCAGUAA